AAAGUGCUUUUCAUUUUUGAGCAUAUAUAAAGCCUCAAUAACAUGCCUUCACAUUUCAAAUCAUAAAUCACCACACACUUAAAUCUUCAACAAUUUUGUGUUUUAGCCCUAACAAAAUGGACCUAAAACACACAACCACCACCACAACCACCAACACCACCGCCGAUAGCCCGGACACCGACGGCGAAACCCCUCUUCAUUCCCAACUAAUCAAACCCUUUUCUUCCUUUCCCAACGGAAAAAACCACCACCACCACCGCCACCAACAACCACCACCACAGUCUCCAAUAGUUUCCUACAAAGAAUGCCUUAAGAACCAUGCUGCCACCAUCGGCAGCCACGCCUUGGACGGUUGUGGUGAGUUCAUGCCGUCGUUAACCACCGCCCCACAUGAACCCACCUCUCUAAAAUGCGCUGCCUGUGGCUGCCACCGUAACUUCCACCGUCGUGAACAUAUUAACGACAUGUACACAUAUGCACCACAUGUGUUGCUGUCUUUUAACUCACCUGAUCAAACCCAGAUGGUGGUGACUCCGGGGACACCGGCGGAGAUCAAGAUUGAAAACCCUAAUGGGAGAAAGAGAUUCCGGACAAAGUUCAGUCAAGAUCAGAAAGAUAAAAUGUAUCUUUUUGCAGAGAAAGUUGGGUGGAAGAUGCAAAGAUGUGAUGAUAAAGUGGUGGCAGAUUUCUGCAAUGAAGUUGGGAUUAAAAGAGGGAUUUUUAAAGUUUGGAUGCAUAAUAAUAAGAACACUUUUGGGAAGAAAGAUAAAGAGACAAGUUCUCCGGCCACCGCCACCGUUGCCACCACAGUCACCACCGCGGGUGGUACCGAUAAAAGCAUUGAAAUUUAUAACAAUCGUAGAAUAGAUAAUGUUAGUGGAGGUGAUGACAUGAGUGAUAGUGAUCAAGAAAAAGGUGGUGGUAGUGGUGGUGGUGAUGUUCAUUUGCAAGCUUCUAAUAAUGGGUCUUCUUGUUCAUGUUAGUUUUGAUAUUGUUGGUGUUGGUGUUAUGAGAGUAAUGUGUAUUCAAAGGGAGACAGUUGUUAACUUGUAAUCUUCCUUUUUUGUCUUCAUAACCCUAAUUAAGAACUUUAGAGUAAGGUUAAUAAAAACUAAAGUUUUUUAUAUCCAA